CACCUUUGUGUCAAAUACUGUGCUUGAAGCAAUCUACUAAAGUUUCACGAGGCGAUCCACAAAUACCCGAAUUUAACCUUGAAUCAUGACGAGCAGGUUCGAAAAUGUUCGACUGCGCAAAAGUACGAAAAAGGGAAAGAAAACCAAGAAAAAGGCGCCCGAAUCCUCCAUCGAUGAUUUGCUGAAAGCGGCGUCCGCUGCUAUGGAAUCCUUAGACGUCGAGCGUGCGUACGAAACAUACAGCCAUGCAGCGACUCGGUUGCAGGGCGCCGACAAUGAAAAACACGGAGUAGAAGAUCUGAUCCACGUUUUGGAAAAGAUGGGAGAGCUGCAGGUAUCCAUGGGCGAUCAAGAUCUCGCAAAAGACCAUUUUGUUCGAUGCCUCGGGCUGUUAGAGGAAAGGGGGAAGAAAGACUCAGCAAAGGACAUGAGCUACUAUGAAACACGUUCCAAUCUUUGCUUUUAUAUCGGCCAAUUGUCUCUUGAAAAAGAAGCACUCGAUGCGUAUCAGAACGGAAUUACUAGCUUGGAAAAAUGCAUGCAGCUUGUGGCAGAUGGCCAAGAGAUCGUCGCCAUGCAAGACGAAUCGGAUGAAACCACCAACCACAACGAGGAAGCCAUCCUGAAACAGAAAUUGUCKGGCGCCUACUGCAACAUUGCCGAACUGUAUCUCACCGACUUAUGCGAAGAAGAAACAGCCGAAAGCGAUUGCGAACAGUAUCUCGAGAAAGCCCUCCAACUCAAAGACAGCGACGGAGAGCCCCUGGUCGAUGCCUUGCAAACCAUGGCCAGCCUGCGUUUGUCCCAGCAGGAGAGGCAAUCGGAGGCAAUACCGUUUGUUCUUCGGGCGUAUGAAAAACAAAGAGUGGGAUCCGAAGCUCUUGCGACCCUGGUGGGACUCGGAGAGAAGACGACCGACGACGAUGCCGCGAGCAAGGGGCAAGCACAGGAGCUCCUAGAAGUCGAAGCCGCAAACAACUUGCCCGAAUUCGAGUUCCGCUGCCAGACCGCAAAGCUGCUCCUGGAAUGUGCGGGGCUGGAUCGGGAAGAAAGCGGGGGUACCGACCAAGCAAACGAAUGCAUUGCCGCUGCAAUUUCGGUGCUGGGAAGUCUUUUGGCCCAAAACGACGAGGUGAUAGAGAUUUGGUAUCUCACGGGGUGUGCCUUUGCCGCAAAGCAACCACCGUUGGUCGAUGCCGCGAAAUUUUAUCUGGAGCGAGCAAAAGAAAUGCUGACGGACAUCCAAAAGGCUCUGAAAGACGAGCUGCAAUACGCAGACGAUUCCGAAAAACAGGAGUUACAGGAGCAACUGGAAAUGAAUGCGACGCAAAUGAGCGAUGUUCAAUCGAAACUGGGCGCGUUACCAGAUGCAGUAGAAGACAUGGAAGAGGGUUAAAGAAUACAAUAAAAUAAAGAAA